AUGCUCUGCGAAUCCAUGCAGCGGAUUCCCGGCAACUUCACCUUUGAACAUCGCUACGAGUUUGCCACCACCGUCCGCCACUAUUACGGCCGUACCGCCUACAUCAUUUUUCAAGUCUUUUACAACCUUAGCAUGCAAGCCAGCAACAUUGCCGCCAUGAUCAUCAGCGCCCGCGUGCUGGACAAGUUUAUCGGCAAGAUUGCCGGCCACAGCUAUGCCCUUGAUUACGUUCAUUGGGGCUUUGUCAAGAGCACUGACGAUGCCGAUCACCCCUGGUGUGCCGGAGAUCUUACCAGCGAAGGCUGCGAGGAUCUCACCUUUGUCAUCUCCGUCGGCUUUCUCAUCUGCAUGGCCAUUUGUAUCCCCUUUGGCUAUCUCAACCUUGACGAGAACAUGUGGUUCCAGUGGGUCAGCCUUGCCGGCCUCCUCCUCUUUACCUGCGAGUUCUUCGUGCAAUUCAUCCUCAAGCUUGAUGGUGAAGACAAGCUCUGUCUGGACAAUGUCGACUACGGCAACGUCACUUGCAACUACCACCCCAGCGAGCGCCAUAUCGGCAACUUUAGCCACAACGGCCCACACCGCACCCCUAUUUUCCAAGCUUCAGCCGAAGGACAGGCCAACGUUGUGGGCAUGGCCAUCUUUGCCUACUCGUACGUCGUCACCAUCCCCUCCUGGGUCAACGAGAAGCGCCACCACGUAAGCGUGAACAAGUCCGUUUGGGUUCCGGCCUCUGUGGGCUUGGUUAUGAAGCUUUUGACGGGCCUCUUGGGUGGCUGGGCAUUUGCUCUUCUUCUUCCCGAUGGCAGCCCUCGCCCCCACUCCGACGACAUCCUCAACAUUAUCUUGCAUCGUGAUCAACCCGAGGUCUCGCAGUACUCUGCCUACUUGUGGGACAUUACGACUUUGAUUCCCGGUAUCCCCGUGCUUGCCAUCAUGGUUCGCUACAACCUCCUUUCCGGCAAAGUGUGCAACCGCUUUUGGUCCUUUGUCUUUGGCGUCGUGGCCCCCUGGGUCAUCACGGCAUUCUGCUACGAGACCAACGUCCUUCAAGAGUUCUGCAACUGGGUGGCCAUUGUCGUCCAAGGCUACAUCAACUUUGUCAUUCCUGCCAUGCUCUACCGCUCCGCUCUCUACCGUUACCCGGACCACAAUGCAGAGCAGUUCUCUGGUACCAUGGAUUACGGCAGCUCUGAAGCCUUCCGUUUCCCUCCGGACCAAAAGGCCGUCAACUACGGCUCGGUCCAGACUCCAGUCGAAUACCGUGUGAUGUCGGCUGAUCCUGAAGGCGAGGAAACUGCUCUGCUGGGCAAGACGAUUGUCGACGAGUCUGGACCUGAUACGCCUGGCAGCUUCGUGGAACUUGAUGAGGCUCCUGUCGAGGCGGUCCCCCGGUUCCUCACCUUCUGUGGCAAAGUCUUCAAGAUCAAUCGCAUCUACGUUGCCAAUUUUAUGAUCAUCUUUUUCUCGUUGUUGAGCACUGCAAGCAUCGUUAUCAAUAUCUUCGACAUCUUCCAGCCUAACUCAUAGACCACUGCUCAGACGAGAUGCUCUCAGAUGCUCUCAAGUCACAUCGCCCAAUCUCGUGCUUUCCGGGUCGAUAUCCAGCCAUAGUUUUGCAUGUUCGACCACGCCUGUCGACAUGCUUUUAGGGUUGUUGUCAGUUCUUCUGUUCCUUCGCGUGUCUUGCCGUUGUGUCUUUCUUGUCAUUUGUUCGAUUGCCUUUUCUUGGGUUCUCACCCUCUUCUUGCAGCAUUUUGCCUUGGGACAUGCUGACUUUGAGUUGCGUGUCGGCGCCUUGCCUCUCCUUUGUGCUUGCUCCGUUUGCCCCUUCACCUCGGUAUCCUUAACCGAGUUUACGAAGCAGCACAGGGCACUGCUCGAAAGCGCCUCUUGGUUUGUCUUUUUGGGGAUGACAGCGGAUGCCAGCUCCUUUCGUUGCCGUCGCUUGUCUUGAGUUGUUGUUUCCAGUUUGUGUUACCAGAUUUCGAUUUCUUUCCUGGUCGUUGUCCUGUGCCCCAUGUUUUGGCGUCGCUGCGUGUUUUGAUGUGUUUCCCACGAGGGGUGCCUCAUGACCCCGGGCUUAAUCACUCAACCAGUGUCGUUGUUCCCGAAAUGCGACAUGGUUGAGCCAAGGCGUUUUCCCUUGUUGCCUGGUUGUGCUUGUCCUGAGCCUGCUGAAUGUCGUUUGUCGAGUCUUGGCCCCAGCAAUGUUCGACGGUCACCUUCCUAGAAUUGGAUUAAUUUCCUAUCC